AUGCUUCCACGAGCGAAUUCUUCGUCAGAAUCAAGCAGUUCCCGUCGAGUUGCUGCUGCCUUGCCAAAUUAUCCGGUAAUCAAUACUUCGUCGAGUAGUCGUCAUGAAGGUGUUGCGUUAGGGGAUCGCGGGAGUGCAGCAGUUCGUCUUGAUUUUCGCACGCGACGCAACAUCCAGCGGAAUAUUUUGCCCGAUUUGGUCUGUGACAGCGUUUUAAGUGGCUUUCGACGGUACAACGCCACGCAAAGAACUUCCUCAGCACCGCCCGUUGUCUCGACUGAACCUGUACAAGAACCGGAAGCUGCUCCAGUUGAACCGGAAAUAAAAAAUCCUGAACCGGAAAUGGGUCAAAGAAUUUCCCAUCCACAAAAACCAAAUAUUUCCUUUGCUUGGGUUUUACGUGGCGGCGACCCAAAUAGCUCCUCGUCAUCGACAACCAGCUCGUCAUCGUGCUCCUCCUCAGUUUACCAAAAUUCAUCCGUUUCGCGUUCUUUUACAUGGGACCAUCCGCACCACAAACGACGAAUACGAAACGCACAAUGCAAAAGUCGCAAACACCAUCUGUUCAACGAAAAGAACUUGAAAGCGAACGAUCUCGACGAUUAUCGAAUUGUUCGCAAGAAUUUGCUAGAAACAAGCGAAAAACUGAACAAUAAUUACAAUGAAACGCUGGAUUUUGAGUGUUUAAGUCUCUCAACGGCCGAAACGACAACUUCUAUCAGCAAGUGUGUCGAUAAAGCGACGAAUUUGAAGAAGAAACGGUAUCGCAGCAAGUCCCGAAGUCGUCUGGAAACCACGGGAUGUGAUGAAUUUUCAACCAAAAGUGUCGCGAAAGAGAUUCCUGACAGUAAUUGUGACACCUCAGCCUUCGAUGAGUACUUGAAAAAGUGCUCCUUACUGUGUCCAGCGAACCUCCCGAUGGUUCUCGUAUCCGACACAAUAAUGUACCAGACGAGAAUUGGAUACCAAAGUGAAAUUUUUCUCCCUUUAGGGACCUUGAUCAAGGGAAUUUUCAAAGUUCAUGACUGGAUUUACGUGCAACUACCUGGAAAAAUCGAUCAUUCCGGUUACGUGACAGCUUCUUCGUGCAUUCCCAUGGGUAUUGUUCCCAAAAAACAUCAGUCACUUCAUCGUCCCCCAAGGCAAGCCCUUCAAAAUGCUCGAAUCACCUCAAAAUCGACAGAUAACCUGAAUUUACUGCUAAAACCCCGAAAUUCUAUGCAAAAAAGUGAAAACGCGAUGACCGGGACACAAUUUGAAGCCUUGUACGCGCGCGUUAUCGACAAGCUCCGAACGAAUUUAGAAGAAUCGGAAGCCAACAAAUACAGCUUGAGUGCACAAAAUCUAGAAAAAUUCAACGUUUUGAGUAAUGAAGCGAUACAAAAGCAAGAAAAUAUUAAAAUUUAA